AUGGAUCCAGCGCGACUCUGCCAAAUAUUCUUCAGUCUUGGGACCGUUGUUGAUGUUGGUGGACCUCUGAUACCGCCAUUCAGAGAAUAUAUCAUGAAUUAUGGCUCUCGAAGCACCACCUCAACUUCAACUUCUUCAGCCCGCCACCAGAACACUUUCGCCUGGCUCCUGGAAUAUAUUGGAUCAUUUCAAGUACCUCAUACAUGGUUCACACAUUACUACGUGAUCUCAGUCGCGUCGUCAGUCUUUUGGGCCGUCCAAAUAUCCACGCAAGGAACGGCUUUCGAAUUUUUGGCAUCACUUUCGAAGUCAAGGCCGGCAACAAUGACUAUGAAUCAAGUCUUCUUGGCCUGGCUAUUAAUGACUAUCCAAGGGACGAGACGUCUGUACGAGUCCAUUGCUUUCACGAAGCCAUCUCAGUCUAAGAUGUGGGCUGGAAUGUGGAUUAUCGGAAUGGCAUUCUAUGUUUUCAUGGGAAUAUCCGUUUGGAUUGAAGGAAUCACUUCCCUGAAGUAUCGUGGACCACAAAGAACUUUCCUGGAGUUUUCAACACCAACGGUGAGGACUUUGAUUGCAGUUCCAAUGUUCCUAGUCGCAUCUGGCGUCCAGUACGAAUGCCAUAAACACCUUGCAAGCCUCAAGAAGUAUACCCUUCCCAGACAAUUCUGGUUUCAGUGGGUAGUUUGUCCACACUAUACCAGCGAAUGCCUGAUCUAUCUGGCAAUUGCUAUCGCUGUAAGCCCACAAGGCCAGAUGCUAAACAGGACAGUAUUGGCAGGGUUGGGUUUCGUGGCAUCCAAUCUCGCAGUAACUGCAGAUUCAACGAGAAAAUGGUAUAUUGAGAAGUUCGGUAUCGAGAAGGUAGCUGGUCGUUGGCGGAUGAUUCCUUAUGUUUACUGA